GCGGCGGGGAUGGAGGCGAGCGCGGCGGCGGCGGCGGCGGCCAACGGCUCAGACGGCGGCGAGGCGGGCAACCCCUUCGAGCAGCCGGCCUGGCAGGUCGCGCUGUGGUCGGCGGCGUACGCGCUGGUGGUGCUGGUCUCGGUGGUGGGCAACCUGGUGGUGAUCUGGAUCGUGCUGGCCCACCGGCGGAUGCGCACCGUCACCAACUAUUUCCUGGUCAACCUGGCCUUCGCCGAGGCCGCCAUGGCCGCCUUCAACACGCUGGUCAACUUCACCUACGCCGCGCACAACGUCUGGUACUACGGGCUGGCCUACUGCCGCUUCCAGAACUUCUUCCCGGUGGCCUCCGUCUUCGCCAGCAUCUACUCCAUGACGGCCAUCGCCGCCGACAGGUACAUGGCGAUUAUUCAUCCUCUGCAACCAAGGCUAUCGGCCGCAGCCACCAAGGUUGUCAUCUGUGUUAUAUGGGUGUUGGCUUUGCUACUCUCCUUCCCUCAAGGAUACUAUUCCACCACAGCGGAGCUGCCUGAGCGAGUGGUGUGCUUUGUCGAAUGGCCGCAAAACCAGACCCAGGUCUCUCCAAUCACGUAUCAGAUCUGCAUGACUAUUCUAGCCUACAUCUUGCCUCUCAUAAUGAUAGGCUAUGCCUAUAUUAUGGUGGGCAUUACCCUAUGGGCCAGUGGAAUACCAGGGGACUCUUCGGACCGCUACCAUGAACAAGUGUCUGCCAAGCGCAAGGUUGUCAAGAUGAUGAUCAUUGUGGUUUGCACCUUUGCCAUUUGCUGGCUGCCUUACCAUGUCUACUUCCUCCUACAACUGUUCAACGGUGAGAUGUUCUCAGAAAAAUACAUCCAGCAGGUCUACCUGGCUAUCCUGUGGCUGGCCAUGAGCUCCACUAUGUACAACCCAAUUAUUUACUGUUGUCUCAAUGACAGGUUCCGGGUGGGCUUCAAGCGGGCCUUCCGGUGGUGCCCCUUCAUCAAUGCCAGCGAAUAUGAAGGACUGGAAAUGAAGUCAGCGAGGUACCUGCAGGCCCAGAGCAGCAUGUACAAGGCCAGCCGGAUGGAGACGACGGUCUCUUCAGUCACUGCCCAUCCAGAGGAGGAACUGGAUGAUGGCAGCAGACCCAGGCGCCCCUCUGUUGAUCUGACCUCCAACGGCUCUUCCCGCAGUGACACAAAAACCGUCUCGGAGAGCCUGAGCUUCUAUUCCAAUACGCUUCCCUGAGCAAACUCACAACUUAACCACAGUGACACCAUUUCCAUCCUUCUAAUGAAGCCACAACCCCCAACAAUCAGAUCUUUCCUGUGACUGGCCAGGGAGCUUUCCUUCUCGUUCCAACGGGUUCUGCCUGAUGUUGCUGUUCUCCACUCAUAAGAGGAUUCCUGGUCACGGAUCCUGUGUAUUCCUCCCACCUGCUCUUUCCUCCUCCCUAUGUCCAGGAUGUUUAGGUCCUCUGGUCAUCUUCUCUCCAUCAAGUUGCCAUUGUGGAAGGAGCGAAUGUGACUGAAAUGUGUUUGGGAGUUUUUGGAGGGGCGCAAAUGAAAUGUGUACAAAGUUGCAGUUUAAACAUUAAUUCUUCUUGGAACUUAAUUCAAAAUCCAUUUCUACAACAGAACAUUUGAAUUUAUAACAUUUUUAAUACUAUUUUGUUCCAUUAGUGGACUUUCAGUUACUUUCCUUGAGUAACUGGUAUACUUCCAGGAUCACUUUUCUUCCAUCCGUUCAUCACUGUGUUUUACCAGGGUUGGGGAGAGGUCCUUGACCACCUCUAGUGAGGUGAAUUAAUUCUAUUUGAGGAGCUCUGCCUUUACCACAAGAUAUGGUUCAAGGCUGUGCUCAACAUUUUCUUAGUGCUUAGUCCCUUCAGUGCAAAUAUUAGAACAAUUAAAUGUAGAUAACCACAAGAAGAAAGGUUCAACUGUUUUCUAUUGGCAAGAAAAUUUUCUUCUUCUUUCAUAGGAAAAGGAUAGCCCAUGCAUAGCAGCCCUACAGCCAUCCACCCAAACCAUCAUCUGGGAUGUUCCAGAAUCUCCCAACAUGACCAUGUGAAUUGGCCAUAACAUGCUUGAAACUUCCUUGAAGUUUGCGGAUUACGUGACUAGCAAAGCAGAGAAGAGGGAAGGGCUGUCACCUGUCUACCUGCAAGCAUCAGGAAUGAUGCCUUUUUGCAACCAACUCAGUUUGAGCAGCUGGCAAAGGACCAAAAUGAAUGUAAUGUGAUUGUAAUGCAGAGCCUGUUUUAGAAAUUUCGAGGCUACAGGAGACACCUGAAAUCUCUCACCAUGGCCGAAGUGCUGCGUCAGCUCAUUCUUAUAAAAGUGACAAUAGCACAAUAUUAACUCUGUUACACAGAAGAGAGUAGGAUGAACACUUGCCCAAACCAGUAUGAAAAAUCUUCACUAACAAGAUUACAAACAAGAGUCAGUGGUUCCAUUACCUGCCAUCUUUGAACAUAUGUCUGGCUGCAUCUAUCUACAAUAUCUUUAUAACAAAACUCUUGUGCGGCAGAAUAUUUUUCAUUGUGUACUAUGUUGUGCAACCACAUAGCAGCUAGGAGGUAAUUUCUGACUGUCCUGAAAAAUGUUACAACCCUGUUUUCCGCAGACACAUAGCUGAGCCCAACAGUUGUCCAAAAACUCCUGCAGUAUUUCCACAACUGCCAAAAGGUCAAUGUCAUGGAACAGCAUGUUGCCCAUUCCAUCUGCAUCAAGGUCCUCUUGCAAACAUGCAAUAAAGAAAAUGAUUAAGUCCAUACCAUAAUACAGGCCAGAGACUGCAUUGAUCGUACUUGAUGUCCUUGGGCAGAGCUGGGCUGUGUAUCCAUUUCUUGUGUUUCUUGAUUUCUCAGCAACUUUUAUUUCCACCGUCUUCCAGAUUCGCUGCAGGUCUUGGAAGAGGGCAUCACCAUCUUACAGGGGUUAGCCUUCUUUCUCUUGAGCGAUUUCAGUUAGUGUUCAGAGGUGAGACAUUUGUAAGGUGCCUCAAGCUCAAAGCUCUUCAUCCUUACAGAUGAACCUGCUGGAUGAGUUUGGGAUUUGGUAUCAUCAGGAGGAGGAUGAUAUCCAACUACACAUCUCAACUGUGGACUAUUCAAGUUGAAGCCUCCAGACAAAUCCCAAGCUAGGAUUUGAUGGUGAAAAAAAGCUCAGGCUCAACCCUGACAAGACUGGGUGAUCAGGAAUAUUUGGAGCCCCUGGUACUGGUGGCUUUUGAUUUGUAGCCUUGAUAAGGCUCUAUUUCCCCAUUUCAGAUUGAUGUACAACUUGGGGUCUUCUGCAACGCACUCUGCAUGGGGCUGCUGUUGAAGAUCAGCCAUUGGUCCAGAACAGGGACUAAAUCAGCCCGAGCCAGGUAUUCCUUGUGAGGAAGGACAGGGCAGCCUCCUUGCCAACAGCCUUGCAGAUCUCUUCUGAGCUUCUCUCCGCUCCACUCUCUGUGCUCUCGAAUCUGGUGGGUGAGGCAGCGGUUCCUCAUCAGAGGGGAUCUGCUGCCUCCCAUCACCACUGCCUGUAUGCAGCCCAUCCUCCCCUGCAUCUGUGAAGGCAGGCAGGCAGGCAGUUCCCUGUCCAAUAGGCCCCCUCCCCCACUGCCAGAGGGGCCUGGGACAGCUCCAUCCCCAGCCCCUGGUCUCUCCAGACAUUCCAGGGGACACAGGGAUGCCUGUCAGAUGGUCCCGGUCCCAACUCCUCCUGCAAAUCAGGAUCUGAUGGGGGACGUGACAGGCAGUGAAAGAGGUCACGUUUCAUCCAGGAAGCCCCAAGUGAGCAUUUUUACCCAGACCCCAGAGUCUCAAGCCCAUGUUUGCUGAUUCCUGCAGCUGUACCAGAAGUGCCAGAAUUUUUAUUCUUGCCAUUUGAGUCACGUUCCGUGCGAUGCUCAGAACAAAUUACCGCACAUAUUCAAAAUAUGAAUAUGUGUGUUUACAUAUUGUCCCAACUUGUCACCAUGUUUUUGCUCAACUUUCUGGAUUGCCUCAUAAGUCACUCUGCUCAUAUUAUUUCAAGAUUGCUUCAUUUGCACAGCCUCUCCUGUCCUUCCAGAUGGAUGGCAGGUUCUCAUUAAUACUAACGAGGGCUCUAACCUGGGGGAGCUGUUGGAGAAUUGAUUACUUAUCACACACACACACACACAGAGAGAGAGAGAGAGAGAGAGAGAGAGAGAGAGAGAGAGAGAGAGAGAGAGAGAUUGAAAGGCACCGUCUUCUAGUACAAGCAGAAGCUUGUUCCCAUAUUUGAGUUAGCCCCAGAUAUUUUCACGAAUGGUGGGGGGCAGGGGGGCAGUUUGCCCCUUUCUGCUGAGCAUAGAAAGGCUCGUUGCUGUUGCUAACGUCCAUUGCCUCUGCUGUCCUGCUUCGACAAGUGCCUGUAAGUCGUGGAUCCCACACACAAAAGUGUUUUUCAGGGGAGAAGUGCAGAGCAGCAGAACUGUGUGCAGCCAGGGAGCUUUUUGAUUUUCAUGGAAAAUAUGCCACUCUUGUUUUGUUUUCAAACUCCAAUAAAGUGGUUCACAAGCAUAACAAAGGGGGAGAAGCACUUAGAAGAGGCAUUGUUUGAAAAAACCAGAUAAGACAACAGGCAUGGUCAGAACAGACAUGAAGAAAGCAGGGAAGGAUGUACAGAAGUCAACACUGCAGAUGAAUGCAGAAGUCAAGAUGCAGUUGAGUUCCCACCCUUUUUUGCCAUGGAAGGAAACCAGCUAAACUUUUCAAAUCCUCCCUGUCAGUGUCCCUGCUGUGGUAUAAUCCAUAAUAGGGUGGCAGAACGGUUGGGCUGUUUCAAGGCAUGUGUUGUGUUGCCUCACGCUUAGCUGCACUUAACCCACUUAACUGCAAGCCUAGUUUGAAAAUAUAUAUGUUAUAUUGACUUCAAAUGUGUUAUAAGUCUACCCAAGGUGGUUUUAACCUAAUACAAUGUGUUGUGUGAAACCAGUUGGAAUAGCAAGGUGAUUUUUCUUGUCUUUCAAUAAUCUGAACAGGAGAAUUUUUUUGGUAUAAUUUUCAUUUUACUGUAAUAGUAAUGAUUGCUAAAGGGACACAGGUGAAAGCUACAGAUGAAAAAUAUUACAUAUUGGGAUCAUCUCAAUCCCAGCUUCACAGAAUGAGAAAGUCUUCUUUAAAAAAAAAAAAAAGUCCCAUCUGGCUACUUGUAGAUUUCAUUACCAUAUCAUUAGCUAUUUUUGAACGUACCAGCUUUUUGAAUCAACUGAUGCUGUGUAGAAAAAGGUGCAAAGGAAACAAUCAGACAUCCUCUUGCAAAUAAGAUUUCAUUAAAAUUGUUUACAUAGUCGCUUAGUCAUUUUCAGGGGAGGAAGAACCUUUGAAGAGCUAAAGAGGCAUUGCGAUUCCAGGCACAACAGAAUAACUCAAGCAACAUGACUGAAAAAGAGAACAGCUUAUUUGUUCUCUGGGAGACAAGAUGCAUUAAAUCAUUUCAGGUAAUCAACUCAAGGUUUCUUGCCCAGUGUGAGCAACCUCCUCCAUCACCCCUUCCUCGCUAGGCAGGUUACAAUAAUGCACCCAGGUGGGUCUGCCUGUGGCCUGCACUGAGUGGCAAUUUCAGCUGCUUUUUCAAUGCUACAAGAUAACUAAAGUGACAUUUAUAUUAAGCCAGAACCCAGACAAGGUUAUAUUCUCUCUGAGGUCUGCAAACAGCCCCUUUGGACAGAGGGGAAACCAUGUAGGCCUAAAUAAAUAAAUAAAUAAGCAAGCAACUUCACAGUUUAGGACGACUCCUACAAAAGAGCUGAUAUGGUUCUCAUCAUAUCAAUUGGGAAAAAAACAGACCCAGGAAACUACAGACCAAUCAGCCUAACAUCAAUACCUGGGAAGAUCCUGGAA